UUAAAUAUAAAAUACGCUAUCAUAAUACGAAUGCGCUUGACAUACAAUAAAUUUGUAUGACAAUUGUAGAGAAUUCUGCUGGCAAUCAGCUGCAGCUUGACUUCUACGCAUACAUUUUGUAUCUCUAUGUAUAUUGUUGUUCUUGUUCUGGUUUGUAAACUAAUGCGGUGCUUUUUAAGUGCAGUUUCUUAAACUCACAAUUUUAUUUACUGAAGAACAAAAUUAAGACUUCCUUAGCUCGCACAGCCAAAUAAACGGCGUCAAUUAUGUGAUAAUUAAGAUUAUUGGCAAAAUGAACCUUAUGAAUUUAUCUCCUUCAAUGCGUUGAAUAUGUUCGCAAGACAUUCCAAUUAUUAAUAAUAAUAAGCAGGCUAAUGUACAGACCAGUAGAAUAUUUGAAUUUUAGGUAACUGAGAUCGGUUACAUACAGCUUAUACGACCCUUCUACCUAACCCCAAUAAGUACCUACCCAACUUCAAUAAGUAAGAGUUGCUGUACCACACUGGCGCAGGUACUGGUACCUUGGAAAUACCUGGGCCUUGAGGAACAAUGCAUAAAUUGGUGGUUGUCAACCACCCUUGCAGUAGUCUUGAAUGUGAAGACCACAAAGUAAGACAUGGAUAGCGUUUGUCGCGUUUGCAUGAGCACAGUGGACCUGGUGGAUAUAUUUGCGGAUGGGAAGUUGUCUGAUUGUGAAGUCAGCCUGGCAGAGAUGUUAAAUAAAUGCGUCAAGUACCAAGUGAAACCUGAGGAUGAACUGACAAAAAAGAUAUGCUGGUCCUGUAUUUCAGAUGUGAAAAUAGCUUUUAGAUUAAAGCGCAAUGCCGAAAAUAACUAUAAGCGGCUUAAUAUGAGUCUACAGUCAGAUUUGGAAGAAUUUAUCGAUACGCUAGCAGCAGAAGAUUGGGAGCUCGUGAACCAUUCCAUUAAGAAAGAGCUAGAUGAUACCUCUGAUCUGGAGAACAAUGUAGACAGCGUACAAGACCGUCAAAAUAAACCUAAAAAGAGUAAUAACUCGAAGAAGACAUUUAAGUGCAAGACUUGCGGAAAGGCGUUCAAUAAAAAUGCCCAUUUGAUAAUACAUAAUCGUAUUCAUACCGGCGAACGACCUUUUAAGUGUCUAAAGUGUCCAAAAACUUUCGUCCAGGCGUCUUCUCUUAAAACACACCAAAUUGUUCACACCGGCGAGCGUAUGUACAAGUGCCCCCACUGCCCAAAGGACUUUUCUAGAAAUUAUCAUCUUAACAAACAUCUUAUUAAGCACGAUGUUCAACAUUUAAUUAAAACACCAAUUCGAAAGCAGUACAAAUGUAAGGUUUGCAGUAAGACAUUCAAAGGUAAUGAUCAUUUGUCAAGACAUAUUCGUUCUCAUACCGGCGAGCGUCCUUUUAAGUGUUCCAAAUGCUCAAAAGCUUUUACCCAGGCAUCAUCUCUUAAGACACACCAAAUUGUUCACACCGGCGAGCGUAGGUACAAGUGUCCCCACUGCCCGAAAGACUUUACUAGAAACCAUAACCUAGUCAGCCAUCUGAGACAUCACGCUUCAAAAAAAGAAGCCAAAAGGAAAUUACGCAAUAGGAAUAAAGUAGUACAAAAUAAAAUCAAAAAGUAA